AUGGGGCGCAAGUUGGACCCCGCCAAGGAGAAGCGCGGACCAGGCCGCAAGGCCCGGAAACAGAAGGGCGCCGAGACGGAGCUCGCCAGGUUCUUGCCUGCAGUAGAUGACGAAAAUUCCAAGAGACUGUCUAGUCGUGCUCGAAAGAGGGCAGCCAAGAGGAGGUUGGGCUCUGCAGAAGCCCCUAAGACAAAUAAGUCUGUUGGGGCCAAACCAUUGCCUGCAAAGCUACCAAAAGGGGUCUCUGCAGGAGCUGCCCAGACACCUGGUAAGAAGGGAGCCCCAUCCUUCCUGAAUGCUGCUCGAGGCAAGAAGCGUCCAGCACCUAGCAGCGAUGAGGAAGAGGAGGAGGAAGACUCUGAAGAAGGUGAUGUAGUGAACGAUGGGGAGCUCUGGGGCUCCGAGGACAGCGAUGCUGACCUGGCAGAUGACUAUGGAGCUGACUCCACCUCUGACGAUGAGGAGGAAGGGGAAGAGUUGCUGCCCAUCGAACGAGCGGCUCGGAAGCAGAAGGCCCGGGAAGCUGCUGCCGAGGACUGGCAGAGCGAAGAGGAGAUGGAGGGGAAAGGGUUCCCCGAGUCAGGCCCCAUGGAGGAAGAGGAGGCAGAUGGCCUGCAGAUCAACGUGGACGUGGAAGAGCCCUUUGUGCUGCCCCCUGUGGGGCAGGUGGAGCAGGAUGCCCAGGCUCCAGACCUGCAGCGUGUUCAUAAGCGGAUCCAGGACAUAGUGGGGAUUCUGCGUGACUUCGGGACUCAGCGGGAGGAGGGCCGGUCUCGUUCUGAGUAUCUGAACCGGCUUAAGAAGGAUCUGGCCACUUACUACUCAUAUGGAGACUUCCUGCUGGGCAAGCUUGUGGACCUCUUCCCUCUGUCUGAGCUGGUUGAGUUCUUAGAAGCUAACGAGGUGCCGCGGCCCAUCACCCUGCGGACCAACACCUUGAAAACCCGACGCCGGGACCUUGCUCAGGCUCUCAUCAACCGUGGGGUUAACCUGGAUCCCCUGGGCAAGUGGUCAAAGACUGGACUGGUGGUAUAUGAUUCUUCAGUGCCCAUUGGCGCUACUCCUGAGUACCUGGCUGGGCACUACAUGCUGCAGGGAGCCUCCAGCAUGCUGCCUGUCAUGGCCUUGGCACCCCAGGAGCACGAGCGGAUCCUGGACAUGUGUUGUGCCCCUGGAGGAAAGACCAGCUACAUAGCCCAGCUGAUGAAGAACACAGGUGUGAUCCUUGCCAAUGAUGCCAAUGCUGAGCGGCUCAAGAGUGUCGUGGGCAACUUGCACAGGCUGGGAGUCACCAACGCCAUUAUCAGCCACUACGAUGGGCGCCAGUUCCCCAAGGUGGUGGGAGGCUUUGAUCGAGUGCUGCUGGAUGCUCCCUGCAGUGGCACUGGGGUCAUCUCCAAGGACCCAGCUGUGAAGACGAACAAGGAUGAGAAGGAUAUCCUGCGCUGUGCUCACCUCCAGAAGGAGUUGCUCCUGAGUGCCAUUGACUCUGUCAGCGCCACCUCUAAGACGGGAGGCUACCUUGUCUACUGCACCUGCUCCAUCAUGGUGGAGGAGAAUGAGUGGGUGGUCGACUAUGCCCUGAAAAAGAGGAAUGUGCGGCUGGUGCCCACGGGCCUAGACUUUGGCCAGGAGGGAUUCACCCGCUUUCGGGAAAGGCGCUUCCACCCCACUCUGCGUUCUGCCCGGCGCUUCUACCCUCACACUCACAAUAUGGAUGGUUUCUUCAUCGCCAAGUUCAAGAAGUUCUCCAAUUCUAUUCCCCAGCCUGAGACAGGAAACUCUGCAACAGCCCCCCCUCGAAACAUAGAUUUGCCUGACCCGAAAGGUCAGGUCAUCCCCAAGUCUGAGAACAGCGGCCAGCCAACCAAGAAGGCCAUAAGGGCUGCAGAGGCCAAGCAGUUGCAGAAACAGCAACAUCCCAAGAAGGCCUCCUUGCAGAAGCUGAAUGGCAUCUCCAGGGGGGCAGGCCCCGAACUGUCCACGGUCCUUUCACUGACAAAGGCCCAAGCUUGCUCCCGGCUUCAGGAGAGCAGCCAGCCCGCUGAGAAAGCCAAAGCCAUCAGGGAGCCACAGGCGACUAGGAGGCGAAAGCAACGACCACCGAAAUCGCAGUCCCCCAAGAAAGCUGCCCUCCUGCAGCGGAAUGCCCCUCCGGAGAGCACAGACACAGAGACACCUGCUGUGCAGUUCUCCCAGACCCAGGCCGCCCCCACGUCUAAGGACUGUCAUCGGCCCCUGGGGAAGGCCGAGGGGGCGGAGAAGGGAAAGCGCCGGCUGCCAGCGCAGCCUUUCGGGAAGGCCGCCUUCCAGAAGCCGAGUGGUUUCCCCACAGGCCUUCAGACUCCCACGGCGGCUCCCCUCGGCUGCAGCCGAUCCCCAGCGGCAAAGAGGAGGAAGUCUCAGCCCUGGGGCGACAGCCCGGGAGAUGGUUGAAGACGGGACUGCGGGGACUCGCUGCCGUCGCCACUGGGUUAGCCCCUUGCCUCUUUGAGGAUGGCUUCUCCACUGUGCAUAGACGUACAUGAGAGUCAAUAUACGUUUUACAGCCUCUGG